AUGCCUUGGCCAUUUUCGGAGUCCAUCAAGAAGCGCGCCUGCAGAUACCUCCUUCAUCGUUACCUUGGGAACUUUCUGCAAGAAAAGCUGAGCCUGGAUCAGCUCAGUCUUGAUCUUUAUCAAGGCACCGGGUCUCUUGCACAAGUGCCACUGGAUAAGUGGUCACUCAACGAGCUGCUGGAGACGGCAGAUGCACCCUUUGAGGUAAUCGCCGGCUUCAUCCAAACGAUUUCUCUGACUGUCCCAUGGGCAGCGCUUCUGCUGGAAAACUGUGCCCUGGAGAUCAAGGGUUUGGAGAUGGUGCUCAGGCCUAGGCCAAGAGUUGCAUCUGGCGUUGAGCCCAUGUGCUGGUCCAGUUUCAUGACGAGCAGCAUGCAGCUCGCCAAAGAGUGCCUGAGUCAAAAACUAACGGAUGAUAUGGGAGAGAGCUUUCAACCUUUUGAAGGACUAGAAAAGUUCGCAGAGACUAUAGAGACAGUCCUGAGAAGAGUCAAAGUUACAUUUUUGGACACUGUUCUUAGAGUCGAACACAUUCCGGAAAAUUCUAAAACUGGAAUCGCUCUGGAAAUUCGGAUCAGCAAGAUUGUGUACUGCGAUGAAACCGGGGAGGAGAGUUCAAGUGUUAACGUGCAUCAGCCAACAACUUUUGCGCAUAAAAACGUGCAGAUGGAAGGAAUCGCUGUGUUCUGGGACGAGUUUUCCGACGCGUCUCGUGGUUGCAGAUCUUCACCCCCGCCGUCGGACAUGGAGCCAAAACUCUCCCCCAGUUGGAAUCCCAAAAUAAUAUGUGAGCCUCAUCCCCAGUUCACAGAACCAGUGUCCACCGCAGCGCCCUUUGAGCCUGUGCAGGUUGGGAACAUCAGCGGUAAAAUUGAGCUGUCCAUAACUCUGAAAAACAACCUUGCUCUGCCUGGAGCAAAGCUGGAUGUUGUUGGACAUGUUGAUACGCUGAUUAUUCUCCUCUCCCCGCGGCAAGUUCAUCUUCUUUUGGACUUGUUUGGAGCUUUCUCAGGUGGAGGUGCACAGGAAUGGAGCAAGGACAGAAAAAGUCGUCCAAUACAACAAGAAGAUGAGUAUCGACUGCAAAUGGAACUGAACAGGUGUAUGAAGAAGGACACGGCCAUCCCAGGAACAGAGCCCGACCUCUUCGACAGCCAGACCACCAGAACUGUGUCCAGUCGAGAUGACGUGUUCUUCUCCAUGGCAGACAUGGACAUGUCUCACAGCUUAUCCUCUCUGCCUCCUCUGGGUGAGCCGCCCACCGUUGACUUGGACUUAUCACUCAACAGUAACUACUCUGCCUCCCCCGGAGAAUCUCCCUCAGGAAAUGCAACUGGUCUCUGGGAUGAUUAUAUGGAUGUGCCAAGACAAAGAGAGAAGCAGACUAGUGAAACUCCAGUCCAUUCACGGGAUUCGCAGCUCCCUCAGAAACUACUUAGACAAACCUCCCAUCCAUCCAAAACCCAUGGGGAUGAAUCGAGGCCAGAGCUUGUGUUGAGGUUGUCGCUGAGCAGCUUUGCUGUCUCUGUCCUCCACAUCGAUCCGCUGCCACCUCCACAUGCUGCUCCCAGCCCACUUAGCCCAAUCGCUGCACACUUCUUCAGCAUGGUUGGACCCGGCCAGCUCUCCCCAGAUUCUUUUCUGCAGUCCCGGACGGUUUUUAAUCAAGCUUGUCCCCAUGACCACCUCAGGUUUGUUGGCCAAGGCCUGAAGAUAAACUACGAACACUGCCAGGGAUCCAGCCUGCGGACUUUUAGCACUGAUAUUUCCCUGAACAAAAUGGAGUUUGUGGAGUGUCUGUUCCCUUCUGACGUCCUCAUCGGUGGCUCCCAAAGAGGAAUCCAGUACACCGAGCUCCUGACAUUUGACACCACAGCCAAUGGUGAUGCGCCCCUUCCCACCUGCCUUCACCUGCUUUACAAACAAGCAGAGCGCAGAGGACCUCAGGGCGGCCAAGUGCGUCUUAGCACGAUUCCAAGGAAGGCAGAGAUCCAGGUGGAGCUGGGCCCUGUGCGCUCUGAGCUGGACAUCAGCAUCGUGGAUCGUCUCAACUCACUGCUGCAGCCUCAGAAACUAGCUACAACAGAGAUGAUGGCCUCCCACAUGUACACAUCAUACAAUAAGCACGUCAGCUUGCACAAAGCCUUCACAGAGGUUUUCCUUGAUGACACCCACACACCCUCCAACUGCCACGUAUCGCUAACCAUUAAUGCCCCGGUGCUGGCCGUGGCCGUGCGCUUCCCCAUCCCUGAUCUGCGUUCUGAUCAGGAGAGAGGCCCCUGGUUCAAGAAGUCUCUGCAGAAAGAAAUACUUUUCCUGGAGCUGGAGGACCUCGAAGUGAAAACCGAGUUCAUGGGUGGCAGCUCCCCAGACCAAACCAAAAUGGAGCUAACAUUCAAGAAGCUUACUGGGAAGUUUCAGGAGGAGCCGGAUCAGCCGGUCGCCUGUUUCCUCAGAGUGUCCCACAGCAUGGACGGAGACAUGACUACAUCUGAAAGUGUCAAAUUUGACUGGCCAAGGGUGGUGCUGAAGAUGAACCCCACUGCUGUCCAUUCAAUACUUGAGCGUGUGACAGUUGAAGACGAUGAAGGAGCUGAGGACCAUUCCCUGGAAGAAGAAGAGGAGGAAGGGGCUGCUCACUCAUUAAAAGAUGUGUGUGACUUUGGGAAACCAGAGCCGUCACCCUUUUCUUCUCGUAGAGUUAUGUAUGAGAACGAAGAGAUGAUCAUUCCUGGGGAUGCUGCUGAGAUGACAGAGUUCCAGGAAAAAACAAUGAACAGCUCUCGUUUUGUCCUUGAACUGUGUUUCCCCAACGUGCAGCUAUCACUCCCCAGCAAGUCAUUCUAUGAAAAACUCCACAACAGGAUCAAUAAUGACCUGUUGCUGUGGGAGCCCACUGCUCCCUCCCCGGUGGAGACCGUGGAGAACAUGCCCUAUGGAGUCGGGCUUUCAGUUGCCAGUCAGUUGAUCAACACUUACUCCAAAGAGAGUUUUACCCAGUUUCGCUCUACUGGUCCUGAGGAAGACACUAGUGGCUCUGAGGAGGAGAACAUGCACUACUAUUCUCCUUCCUCUGACAUGGGCUUUAGAUCUCGGAAAAAGAAAAAGCCCAAAGCCCAAGCUAAGACAUCCCAGAGUCUUUUUUCCAUCAUCCUUAGUGUCAAUCACGGCCUAGUGGCUCUUCAGACCAAGUCCAAGAAGGAAGAUAAAACCGAGCUGAAAAACAAACAUGGAGAGUUCUGGUUGGAGAUGAAAAAUGCUGUUUUGUUCAGUGUUACACAGUACGAAGGCCACAAAGAUCAACACUACAUCUGCUUCCAUAACAGUAGCAUCUGCAUGUACCACCAAGGACUUGUGGAUGGAGGCACCUCUCUCACAGACAUCAAGUUGCCAUGCAGGACACAUCCACACUGGCUGGAACCGACAAUUUACCAAUCAGAGACAGCUCCAGAAAGGUCCUCAACACCCUCUGAGGGUAUUGGUCUGGAGGCACGCAGCAUGGUGUCUGUCGCUGUCAAAAUCUCAUCACAGAAUGCAGAAUGCAACAUCAAGGAGAUUCUGGUUGCAGUUGGAGUGAGAGGAGCCACACUUCAGCACAGAGUGGUCCCCCCCAGCUUGGGCUGGUAUGACCAGAUUGUAGACUUUCUAAACAUUUCUGAUGAACCGGUGCUGGGUUACGCUCCUCCUACGUCCGUCACCACCCUACAUUUACACCUGUGGAGCUGCUCUUUAGACUAUAGACCUCUUUACCUGCCACUCAGAUCACUGGUGGUUGUGGAAACAUUCAGCAUCUCCAGCAGCGUCUCUUUAGAUAAUUCUUCAUCAACGUUAAGGAUUAUUUUGGAUGAGGCUGCUCUGUUCCUCUCAGACAAGAGUAACUCUGUAUCUGUUAAUCUCGUGCGUGACUAUGUCCAAGUGGUGGACAUGGGAACUCUGGAGCUGAGGAUUACAGCUGUCAAACCUGGAGCAGAUGGAAAGUUGUCAGAGCCCAGAUUUGAGCUGCGUUGCUCCAGUGACGUGAUUCACAUCAGAACAUGCUCAGACUCUUGCGCUGCCCUUAUGAACCUCAUCCAGUACGUGGCCAGCUAUGGAGACCUGAUGCCCCCAGCAGAACCAGAGGCCAAGCACAGCUGCUCCACACAAAGGAGCAAGACGGAGGCUCCCAGCAGGCCAACCCCUCACGCCCCCCUGCUUGCUGAGACGGAGCAGCAGAUGCUGCAGGACCUGAUGAGUGAGGCUAUGGAGGAGACCGAUGCGCAGCACACACCAGGGCCCCAGCAGAAUGGUGCUCAUGAGGAGCAAAUUUAUGACCACGACCCGCCUCGCUCAGACCUGUUCCUGUUCCCCGAUGAAAGUGGGAAUGUUAACCAGGAUUCAAGUCCCACCUACCCGAUGCUUCCUUCCCCUCUCAUCACGCCUGCUCCUAGUCUGGCUCAGGAAACCGACGAUUUUUGCAUUUUGGAAACUCCCGGUUACAGAGGAGAGGAUCAAGAUCAGGAGCCUGUUGUGAAGCUGCUUACCUCAGAUCCAGUGGAAAUCAAGGAGGAUCACUUCAGUCAGCCUCUGGGAGGGAGUGACUCCAGCCGUGGAGCCCUGAACUUUCCCAUCCCAGAGGUUCGCUACCUCAUAAAGGAGAUCUCCGUCAUCUGGCAUCUCUACGGGGGCAAAGACUUUGGGAGUGCGCCUUGCACAGCCUCGCCUGCCAGAAGCCGGGGAUCUACUCCUCAUAGCUCCCCAUCACAAACUCCGGUCAGACAUGUGAGAACAACGGGCUGGGCAGGAGGUGGAAGGGGAAGGAACCCUGAUGUACUGAUGGAGAUCCAACUCAGCAAGGUGAGAUUUCAGCAUGAGGUGUACCCACAGUCCCAUGCCUCGGCCCGUUCAGCUUCGGACCAGCCGGUGUCCCGACAGGUGUUUGUUGUGCAGGACUUAGAGAUUAGGGACAGACUGGCUACUUCACAGAUGAAUAAAUUCCUCUACUUGUACUCGAGCAAGGAAAUGCCACGAAAAGCACAUUCUAACAUGUUGACAGUUAAGGCACUACAUACGAGUCCAGAGUCAGGCCAGGCUCCCCCGGAGUGCUGUUUACGUGUCUCCUUGAUGCCUCUUCGCCUCAAUAUUGAUCAGGAUGCACUGUUCUUCUUGAAGGACUUUUUUAGUAGUCUUGCUACCGAAGUUGAGUUUUUCUCCCCACCUGUUCAAGAAGCUGUCUGCGUCCCAACAAAAAAAGCAUCUGCCCCAGAGAUCUCCUGCAGCUUCUCUAAGCACACUGCUAGCAGCCAGGAUGCAGCCCCGAUCAUCUCAGUUCCUGCACAGCGACAAAUGAGCCACAACGGUUUCUCUGCAUCUGGCAGGGAAGAAGCGAAUGACAGUGAAGCCUCUGCGUCCCCUUUCACAGACCAGCCGAUCUUCUUUAGGGAGUUUAGAUUUACCUCUGAGGUUCCCAUUCGACUGGAUUACCAUGGCAAGCACGUAUCCAUGGACCAGGGAACAUUUGCAGGAAUCAUCUUUGGAUUGACGCAGCUGAAUUGUUCAGAGUUGAAACUGAGGCAGUUAUGCUACAGACAGGGAUUACUUGGUGUGGAUAAACUCUUUUCUUAUGCAAUAAAUGAGUGGCUAAAUGACAUAAAGACAAACCAGCUCCAGGGACUGCUAAGUGGUGUGGCACCUAUUCACACUCUGGUCAAGCUGGUGCAUGGACUCAGGGACUUGGUGUGGCUCCCCAUUGAGCAGUACAGGAAGGAUGGCCGAAUCGUGCGUGGCUUUCAGCGUGGGACCGCCUCCUUUGGAACAUCGACUGCGAUGGCUGCUCUGGAGCUCACAAACAGGAUGGUGCGGACCAUCCAGGCAGCAGCUGAGACAGCCUACGACAUGGUGUCUCCUGUGCCCGACGAGAGAGACACAAAGAGGGUGAAACGGUACUCUCAUUACGGCCUGGCUCACCAGCCUGUUGACCUUAGAGAAGGAGUUGCCAAAGCCUACACUGUGGUCAAAGAGGGUAUCACAGACACAGCGCUGACCAUCUAUGACACGGCCACACGGGAGCACGAGCAGCGCGGGAUGACCGGAGCAGUGGGAGGAGUCCUCAGACAGCUGCCGCCAGCUGUUGUCAAGCCGCUCAUUAUGGCAACCGAAGCCACAUCCAACGUGCUGGGUGGGAUGAGGAACCAGAUUCACCCCGAUGCGCGUCAGGAGGAGUCUCAGAAAUGGAGGCAGGGCGAGGAGUGA